AUGGCGACACAAAAGUUCAUUUUCUUCACUGCCUGUGCUCUCUGCAUAAUCUCCCUACGACUGACCAGUGCCGGAGUUCUCCCGGCAAUUGCUCCGGUUGCUCUAGCCGUGGACCCGGAUUCGGAUCCUCAUCCUCAAUACACAUAUGCCUAUGAUGUCCGAGAUUCUUUAACUGGAGACUCCAAAUCUCAACAUGAGAGCAGGGAUGGAGAUGUAGUAAGAGGCAGCUACUCAUUGUUGGAUGCUGAUGGUCUUCUCAGGACAGUGGUGUACACUGCAGAUCCAGUUAAUGGUUUCAAUGCUGUAGUACAAAGAGCUCCACCUUCUGAUGCUCAAGUUGCUGCUCCUGUUUUACAUCAUUAGAAGAGUAGAUGUAAAAAUAUUUGUGCUCAUAAAAGAAGAGAUAAGAUUUUUUGCAAGAUUUUUGAAAUUUAGCCUAC